GAGAGGAGGUCCGUGGCGCGUGGGCUUGUGGGAGCACUUUGAUGACGUCUACAGUUGAAGUAGAGGAAUAAUAACGUCGGUCUCUACUGGAUUUCGUGUUCACGGGUGUCCGGCUUUGGCGUGGAGUGACGAGAGUGACGGCUAAGCGAGAUGGGCGCUGUGGUGUCUCGGUGGAGGGCCAAGCCGUCCACUGUAGAGGUCUUGGAGGCUCUCGAUAAGGACAUCCAGGCCCUUGAGGAGAACCGAGAGAAGACCCAGAAGCAGAGGAAGCUAUGGGUGUACCGACUGCUGCUGUACUCGGUCCUGCUGUACAUGAUCGCCUGUACGGUCGUCUACGUCUGGUACAUCCCGGAGCAGACCAUUGGGAAAGUUAUAGUGGCGUCGCCAUUCUUGAUAUUUCCUCUGGUAGUUUGGCUCUUGAGGAAACUGCUGAUUGUUUUAUACAACAGACGGACGGAGAGAAACAAUGAAAAAUUAGAAGAUCUGAAAGCAGAGAAAAAGAAAAUACUUGAACAGGUCAUGGAAACUGAAACCUACAAAAAUGCCAAGCUGAUAUUGGAACGGUUUGACCCGGACUCUAAGAAAAAGCUCGAGUUAGAAGCUCAAGCCACUGGCCCACCGGCGACUCCAAGACCCGGCCAAGAGCUGCGUCAGAGGCUCGUGUCCCCUCGUCCUGCUGGACGCCCGCCUCCCGUUCCUGGAUCAGCCCCCCCGACUCCACUGUCGGCCCCGGGCGGGCCACCUGAGAAGGGUCUGUCCACCUCGACGCCACACGGUCUGAUCCGGAGGCCUGGGACCCCGGCUGGCACUCCGGCCCAUGGGAUGGGGAUGCACCCUCCCGGCCCUCCGCUGGCCAGACCCAUCCUCCCCAGAGAUCGAGGUGCCAUGGACAGGGUCGUUGAGUACCUAGUGGGUGAUGGACCUCAGAACAGAUAUGCCCUGAUAUGCCAGCAGUGUUUGUCUCAUAAUGGUAUGGCUUUAAAGGAGGAGUUUGAAUAUAUUGCAUUCAGAUGUGCCUACUGUUAUUUCCUGAACCCGGCCCGGAAGACGCGUCCCCAGGCCCCACGUCUCCCAGAAUUCACUGCAGAAGCCAAGAUGAGCCAAGACCCCCCUGCUGUUGCCAUGGAGACAGACCUGUCUAGCGCUCCACCUGCCCCAGAGGGCAAAGCAGGACAUGUGAACGCAGAAGCCGGAGAGCAGACCUCAGACGAGAGUCCUUCAGAAGAGAAGAAGCCAGCGGAUCCAGACCCACACACACACACACACCUCCCCGACGAAGCACAGGCCGAGCUCGACGUGUCCGCCAUGGAAGUGGAGUAGAGCGAGGGACAGUCAAUGCCAACAGAAACCCAAGUCUCUUCCUCUCGUGUGUGUUUGAUUUCCAGGGACGGUUGGUCUUCUUAUUCUUUACCUUUAGUUUAUUUGUAUCCUUUUGUUUUAAUUUCUACGUUAUAUUGCAGUGUUAUUUAAUACAUUAGUAAAGCUAAGUAGAAACUAUAAGGGGUCAGCGAUUUUUGUUAGGGUUUCUUUUUUGGGUAAAAUUAUUAUUAGUUAUGAUGGAUCUGCUGAGUUGAAUAGGAAAAUGAUAUUUUGUCUUUGUUUACAUGUUAUGUGAACAGAUCCUGUGUGUAAAAGCUUAAAUACAGGACGUUCAGCACAUAACGCUUUAUUAUUCUCUUAGUUGGCAUGAAAAGCAGCUAUUGACCGUUCAUUUGCAUUCACCCUCCAUAUAAGCACUGUUAUGUGAUCGAAUGUAUUUGAUAUUCUUAUUUACAAUAUGUAAUGAUGCAAAAAAAGUCAUUCAAAAAAGUGUAUUUAUAAUAUUUAUAGUUCUGAAUAUCCUCUCAGUGCCUGUCAUUGAAGUGUAGCAUACGUUAGGUGCUGUGCGACGAGAGAUUGGUCCCGUGUUUACAUGUCAGCCAUAGGAAUGUCCGCUUAUUUAUUACAGCAUAAAACGGCCUUUCAGUGUCUCUGCCUCAUGUGCCUUCAUGUUUGACCCGUUUCAAGAGUUAUCAAGCAUAGCAUUAUGUGCGAAAAUACAGUGCAGUUUUUAUUGUCUUCAAGGAUUAAUAUGAGAAAUAAAGUUUUUAAAACAUUA